GGGGCACUUAAGAAGCCUCGCUUCGCCGCAUUUGCGUCUCCAGGCCGAGAUUACCUUUGAUAGAUCCUUCUUUGUUGGAAAUCCGAGGUCGAUUCAGUUAAUCUGGUUCCAAUUUGAACCCCAAGCUUCAUCGCCUUGCAAUGCCCCAUCUCGCCAGCGUCCCGUCCCUUCUGGACUUUCUCCCAGUGGAGCCCUCGACCCGGGCCGAGGCUGAGGAUCUCCUGGUGGCCUUUGCUGCGCUCCCCGAUAAGGAGAAAGUCUCAGCUCAGGCCUCGCUGCUUCCGGGGAUCUUUCCUCUGGUGUUCCGGGGAAAUGCCCUGGUCGAGGGGUCCCCCAAGUACGAAGAGAGCCGAACACAGCCUUGGUCUACAAACUGCUGGCUCUCUCCCAAAGUGAUCCUAACUCCCUCAAACACCGCCGAAGUUUCGCAAAUCCUGGCCCUAGUCCGCUUUCUCGGCGCAACAUUUUCCAUCCGCGGCGGCGGCCGUCUUCAGAACCCUGGUUUCACAAGCAACGACGGCGGCGUUGUAAUCUCUUUGGCCAAUUUCACACAGCUGGAUCUGUCGGAUGAUAGGGAAAGUGUCAAGAUCGGGCCAGGUAAUCGCUGGCUGGAUGUCUACAAGGGUCUUGAUAACCAUGGGGUCACAGUUGCUGGCGGCCGGGUUCCGCAUAUCGGUGUGCCGGGUCUCUUGCUUGGGGGUGGCCUUUCGUUUCAGAAUAGUGAGCACUCGCUGGGGUGUAUGAAUGUUGUUGAUUACGAGCUCGUCCUCGCAGACUCGUCAAUCAUCCACGCCAACGCAACCCAGAACAAGGACCUCUUCUGGGCCCUCAAGGGCGGCGGUACAAACUAUGGAAUCGUCACAGAAAUAACCAUGAAGACAAUUCCCAACCAAAUUUGGUCCGAGGCCCGCGUCUACCCAGCAUCCGCCAACGCACAGCUCCACGAAGCCCUAAUGACCUACCACAAGCUCAUCGAGUCCGACAACAAAGCAACCCUCAUCUGGCACACGAUUAACCAGACUACACUGCUAGUCUUCUUCUACUGCGCCCCUGUUGACAAGCCCGACGUGUUUGUCCCAUUUUACGACAUCCCCUUCCUCAUGAACGUCGUCCCACCCGCGAAGCGCACCGUCUACGAAAUGGUGGAUGCAGUUAGUAAUGUCCUUGCUGCGGAGCAGCUGCACCACGACAUGCGUACAACAACGACCCUCCCCUCCCUAACUGUAUACGAGGCUGCCGAAAAAGCGCGUGCGGAACAGAUGGCCGCCCUCUCCGACCUUGAGCGUGCGGAUCUAACAAUGGUAAUCCAGCCCAUGUCCUCGCUCGCCAUCAAGGUCGCCGAAGAAAAGGGCGGAAACCCACUGGGCCUCCAGAGCGUGGGCCACCAGUGGUUUCUCGUCAUGGCCGACUACAAGAACGCUGCGGAUGAAGACCGCGUGCGUGCAUCUGUCAAGAAGAUCGUCGAUGUUGUCGAGGAGACCGCGAAGAAGGAAGGUGUGUGGUUGCCCUUCAAAUACUCAAAUUAUUCAUCGCGCGACCAGGAUCCUCUCGCUAGCUAUGGAGAGGAGAACCUGGCUAGGCUGCGUGAGAUUGCGGCCAAGUAUGACCCUGAUCGCGUCUUUCAGGUGCUGCAGAAUGGGGGAUGGCUGCUUUCAAGGGCGGGUGAGGGGGCAACAGGUGCCAUCUAAAUGGAUAUAUGACAAUCGCACAAGCUUCGAGGAUGUAACAAAGCAGUAGUAAUACCAACAAAACGCUCAGUUCCACACAUCCAGGUGCUGCUUGCAUCCGGCCACAGACGCUCCGUAAAGAGAUCUUGUACCCCACAUCUACCUCGCCAUCCCCGUCGUUCAUAUCACCCUUAAAUCUUGCGCAGGUAUCGGUGUCUUGGUUGGAGACAAGAGUAAGAGCAAUCAUUCUGGACUGCUGUAGGACUAAAUAGGCAAUAUACCUCGAAAAAUAUUCAGUAAUGGCCGGCUGGCCCAAUGGCAAG